AUGGCGUACCUGCCCAACACGACGGUAGAGCAUACGAUAUUCGUGUUCCCGGGCGUAUACCAAGAGCAAGUGCUGAUCCCAAAAUUGGCAGGCCCGUUGGUGGUCCAGGGCUACACGUGUGAUACGACAUCGUACAGCAACAACACAGUGACGAUAACACACACGAUGGCUCAGAGAGAUCUCCCGCUCGAGAUUAAGAAUGGACGCAACGAUUUGAUCAGUACGAUGCGUCUGAAGUCGCGCAGUGGUGUGAAGAUCUACAACAUGAAUGUCGCUAAUCCAGCCGGCCCGAUCGAUCAUCUUGGACAGGCGGUGGCUGUUUACGUCGAUGCAACGAACUAUGGUUUCUACGGCUGCAAUUUUACGGGUUACCAGGACACGCUGUGUGCACACAGGGGUCGUCAGCUCUACGCACGAUCAUUUAUCAGUGGAGCUGUUGACUUCAUUUUUGGAAUGCGAGCGAAGGCUUGGUUUGAGUCUUGCGAUAUUGAGAUACGUUUUAACCGUGCGCGAGUACUUGGUUCGAGUGGAAAUGGAUCUACGUACCUCGGGCGUCCAUGGCGUCCAUACGCUCGCGUUGUGUGGCAGAAGCAGCUCAGCGACGUUGCUAACCCGAAGAGAUGGUCGACGUGGAACGACAACAACAACACAGCAAACGUCUACUUCAACGAGUUCAAUAACAGCGGACCCGGGUCGGUAACCGGCCAGCGUGUGCCUUUCAGCGGACAAUUGAGCGCUUCUGUAGCCAUUACUGAAAUCCUUGGUGCUACGCUCGAGUCCGAGUGGUGGAUCGACACAGACUUCAUUUAA